AAAAAAAAAAGGGAUAGACAGAGAGAGAGAGAGAGAAAGAGAAUUUUGAGAGGGAUAGAUUAUUAGGGCAUGUGUGUGUUCCUUGGCACUACUCAUUUUCAUUUCCCUUAGCUUCUUAUUUAACCCUAUCUCUUCUCUCUUUUCCCAUUCCUCACCCUUUCUUUUCCCCUUCCCUUCCCUUCCCUUCCUUGGGAUCUGAUCUCCUUCUUCCCCUUCCGACAACUAGUGGACAAGUUCUUGGGACUUAUAAAGUGUUAGGGGUCGGGGGGUAUCAGUUCAAUUCCGAGGGUUAUAACUUUUCAUUACAUCCACCUUUCUUGCUUUCUUUCUUUUGUUUCGUCUGUCGCGACUCUCGCCUUUCUUUCUGUGUUUUUUUGUCUGGUUCACAGUGACCUUGUAAAGGUUAUAAGAGAGUGAACAAAAAAGUUAGCUUAAAGUUUCCUAGCUUUAAGUUGAUUUGGCGCACACACGAGGCUGGUUUUCAAUCAGAUCUGAGGAUUAACCAGUUUGAGUUGGAUAGGGUGGGGCUCUAGACAAUUAUCAAGGUUUUGAGUGUUUCUUCGGAAGAAUAUGAAUACCUUUUCACACGUUCCCCCAGGCUUUAGGUUCCAUCCCACAGAUGAAGAACUUGUAGACUACUACCUCAGGAAAAAGGUUGCUUCAAAAAGGAUAGAUCUGGAUGUCAUCAAAGAUGUCGAUCUUUAUAAAAUUGAACCGUGGGAUCUGCAAGAAUUGUGCAGAAUAGGAACUGAAGAGCAGAAUGAAUGGUACUUCUUUAGCCACAAAGAUAAGAAGUAUCCAACAGGUACUCGCACUAAUAGAGCAACAAAAGCAGGGUUUUGGAAAGCUACGGGAAGAGACAAGGCUAUUUACUCCAGGCUUAGCCUUAUUGGCAUGAGAAAAACCCUAGUCUUUUACAAAGGACGAGCCCCGAAUGGACAAAAAUCAGAUUGGAUCAUGCAUGAGUAUCGACUAGAAACAAAUGAAAAUGGAACUCCUCAGGAAGAAGGAUGGGUGGUUUGUAGGGUGUUCAAGAAGCGAAUGACAACAGUACGAAAAGUUGGUGAAUAUGAUUCUUCAUGUUGGUACGAUGACCAGGUCUCAUUUAUGCAGGAUCUUGAUUCCCCAAGGCGAAUUCCUCAGCCUUAUGCAUCAUACCAUCACCAUUAUCCCUGCAAGCAAGAGCUUGAGUUGCAAUACAAUCUGCCUCAUGACCCUUUCCUUCAGCUUCCUCAGUUGGAAAGUCCCAAAGUUCCACAAUCUGCUGCAAGUGUAAGCUGCAACUCAGUUGUUCCUUACGGUUAUGACAGGAACAAUGGAAGCACUUUGCAGUCCUCAACCCUCACACAAGAAGAGCACAUGCAGCCAGGGCAUCAGCAAAAUCUUAACUCGCUUUAUAACAACAGUGAACAAGCAGUGGAUCAAGUGACAGAUUGGCGAGUUCUUGACAAAUUUGUUGCCUCUCAGCUCAGUCAUGAGGAAGCUUCCAAGGAAAACAAUUAUCCCGAUGCAGCCGCCAGCCUUCAUGUGGCUGAGCAAAUGAAUUUGAUAGCCAAUGAAUCCAAAAGGCCAGAAAUUGCUCAUCAGGAAUAUGCCUCCACAUCCACUUCGAGUUGUCAAAUUGAUCUGUGGAAGUGAAAGCAUAUUCUAGCAAUUAGAGAGCAUACAUACUAAUUAUAGGAAGUACACUUAUAAGAAAAGAAGCCUUCAAUCCAGGUUGCUGUACAUAAUAAAACUAUAAUGGUAUUGCAUUAGCUAUGGGACUUAUGCUGUCCUUAAUUUGUAUUGAUUAAUACUAGGCAUCUAGUUAUUAGAUAUUGGACUUUAUGAAAGUACAAAUAAAUUAGUACUCUUAGGUGGACUAUGGUCGAGUGCUCUUUGGGACUGACUCGGCCUAAUAUUGAAUGUAUUUUUCCGUAUUGCACCUUAAUAUACAUGUCAAGGGUUUCUUUAUUAUAAUCUUUUUUCUUCUUAGAUCAUUUAUGCUGUCAACUUGAUAUAGCUUCUGCAAAUGUUGUAACAGAUUUCUCUUCUCAUCCCCAUUGAUGAAGUUGUUUUUUUUAACUGUUUCAUCUUUGUUCCAUAAAGUUUCAAAUACACAAAGUUUAUCCUUUUGGUUAAGAACUAUGCAGUGUAAGUCAAUCCCUUUGAUAAAAAGUUUGAUAAUCAAUGUACGUUUGUUUUUUUAUAACUGUUGGAAUACUUUAAAAGAAAAUUUGAUGUUUGGCUGAGAUUCUGUUUUAAAAGAAAACUGAUCUUGAAAGAAAAAUUUUUCAACCUCACAAGCUAGGUAGCAUCUUUGUGUUGUUAAUCACACAAGUUGCAUUUGUUUUCAGCAUUUGACGACCAGACUCCAAUCUUAAUUUGAAAUAUUAUUGUAAAGUUCUUUUUUCGAGUUGAUGCAGGAGCACAUAAAAACUGCCUCUAAUCUGCAAUAUGACAAGGAUGUUCUAAAGGGAUAUCCCUAUCAUUUCAAACCAGGUGGAGUGAUAUCAGUAGUGUGGUUGGAAGAUCCAGGAAAAUAUCAAUCGACUUUGAGCAAG